AUGUUUUCGCCGGGUACCCCCGAACCCGCAGGACAACAAAACUACACCCGGGUGUUGGUCAUGGGUCACCUACGAAACGAGGACGUGAGUUGGGUGUCUCGAGACGUCCCGGGACUGCGUACAAAGUUUUACUUGGUCGACGACGACACCUCGGGCGGUCUGCCGGCCAACAAGGGCCACGAGGCCAUGGUCUAUUUGACGUACAUCAUCGACCAUUACGACUCGUUGCCGGACGUCGUGCUCUUCUUCCACCCUCACAAGGUGGCUUGGCACAACAACAUCCUCCUCGACAUCGACACUUCCAAGACCCUCAAGCUCCUCAGCAGCCCCCACGUCGUUCGCCAGGGCUACUUCAACACUCGAUGCCACCUCGACCCGGGCUGCCCGGACUGGCUGCACGUCGACCGACCCCGGUGGAGGCACGACCUCAAACACAAACCCGAGGAACCCGCCCUGACCACCAAACUCUUUCGCGAGUUGCACGGCGCCGACGUUCCGGUCCCGCACGCCAUCUCGCAGCCUUGUUGCGCCCAGUUCGCCGUGUCCGGCGAGCGAAUCCGCCAGCGCCCUCGCGCCGACUACGUCCGCUACCGCGACUGGUUGCUGUCGACCGGCCUGGACGACAAGACGUCGGGUCGACUGAUGGAGUACUCGUGGCAGUACAUUUUCACGGGGAAUUUCGAGUUUUGCCCUUCCCAGCACCGGUGCUACUGCGACGGCUACGGCAUUUGCUUCGAGGGCGAGGCCGGUCUGCAGAACUGGCUGGCCAUUCUCAAACAGCGUGAAAGACUCGACGAGAAGUUGGCAUCCUUGUGGGAUUCGGGGGUCAGAGGAGGCGAAAAGUACAAACGCCUCGCGGCCAAGGUCAAGCGAAAGACCGAGUUGCUCGACCGCCUACGCGAAGACGCCCUCCGGAGAGGCUUCGACCCGGCCCUGAGGGCCGCAGAGUGUGGGCGCCCGUGGCACGAGGGAGAUGGCUUCUAACAAUGGAUUGAAAGCCCCCCGCUCUGUUUUGAGAAAGCAAAUAUUGCCCAUGUGUGUCGCCUUGUCGAGAGCGACUUGUUUUGCUUUUGGAAGGAUUUUUCUCUUUCUUUUUUUCUGGCCCAAAUACCAUCACGGACGGUGCCCUUGGGAAUCUUGUCGGAGUCGCAUGUGUGAUCUAGCCGCUAGCCUUGGAUUCAUUGGCAUACAAUGCCGUUUAUGUAUCUCUGUUGAAGCCCCCCCC